AUGGCAGACCAUCGCAGCGCGCAUAUCUCAGGAGUCACCGCAUCCCAAAGGCUUGAUUCGAGAGGAAAGCCUACCGUCAAGGUGUCUGUGACGACGGGAGCUGGGACCUUCAGCGCAAUAGUCCCAUCGGGUGCAUCUGUCGGGGACUACGAAGCCCACGAGCUACGUGAUGGUAACGCAGAUGAUUACGGCGGCAAGAGCGUCCACCAGGCUGUCACGAACGUGGAGAAGGUCAUUGGCCCAGCGCUGAUCAAGCAGCAAUUUGACGUCAGAAAUGAUCUGGAGAAGAUCGACCGUUUUAUGAUCCAGCUGGAUGGGAGCAAGAACAAAAGUAGGCUUGGGGCGAAUGCCAUCCUGGGCGUUAGCAUGGCUUGUGCAAGGGCCGGAGCUGCAGCGAAGGGAAUUCCACUGUAUGAGUUUCUGAGGGCACAGGCGGGAAUAACUGGGCCAUACGUACUUCCUGUGCCUUUCUUCAAUGUGCUCAAUGGCGGCAAACAUUCUGGAAAUUCCAUGGCCUUCCAAGAAUUUAUGGUUGCCCCAGUCGGGGCCAAAUCGUUGACUCACGCAGUUCAGCUCGGUAGCGAGGUUUACCAAGCUCUAAAAUCUGUGAUCACGGAGAAGCAUGGCGCGUCCGCUAUUGGUGUCGGGGACGAGGGCGGAUUUGCGCCACCGAUUACUGAACCCACAGAGGCCCUGGACCUUCUGAUGGUUGCGGUGAAGAGAGCAGGCCAUGAGGGAAAGAUCAAAUUCGCAAUUGAUCCCGCCGCUUCUGAAUUCCAUAUCCGAGGGGCAUACGACUUGGGGUUCAAGAGUAAGAAACAGUGCCAGUUGUCUGCGGCAACACUCAGCGAUUUAUAUCGGUCGUUGCUGGAUAGGUAUCCGAUCAUCCUUCUGGAAGACCCAUUCGCAGAAGACGACUGGGCGGCCUGGAGAACAUUCAACCAGAAUUGUCGUAUUGAAUUGGUUGGAGAUGACCUGUUGGCGACAAAUCCUGAGCGAAUGGAAAUCGCCAAAGAAAACAACGCGUGCAAUUCGUUACUGCUGAAGAUUAACCAGAUUGGCGCCAUAACGGAGUCGCUAGAAGCGGCCCGAAGGGCAUUCAACUAUGGUUGGCGCGUUUUUGUCUCGCAUCGCUCGGGUGAGACAACAGACGACUUCAUUGCUGAUCUGACCGUCGCAUUAUCCGCUGGACAUUUGAAAUCCGGUAGUCCAUGUCGAGGAGAGCGGGUUGCCAAAUAUAACCGUCUGAUGGAUAUUGAGGACCAGCUGGAUGUUUCUGGCUCGCCGCAUGAAUACGCAGGAAAGUCGAUGAGCUGGAGGGGAAUGGAAUGA